AACUUCCCUCAGGCAAUUAUGUUGACGAAUGAAAAUAUUUUUAGUCUCUAUUUUUUAGAAAUGCCUUGCAAUUUUUCAAGUGUGACCUGUUUACAAAUUUUGAUUAUUCAUUGCAGUGGAGCCUAAAAUUUGAGAUUUUUAUACAGGGUGAAGUUGAGCAGUAUGGCGUCGAGUGGCCUCUCCGGUCCCACCUAUAAGAUCCAUCAGGUGCCGGAACACUUCCACGAACACUUCAUCAUCAGUGGCUACCGCCACCCCAAGAGUACCCCUCUCCAGUGCAUUCUCAGUGUAUUUGAUGCCACUAAUGAAACACUUAACUUCUGGACACAUUUCCUGCCGUCUUGGUAUUUUUUGUGGGUGCUGCGUGAUCUUUCAGAAACAUUAGAUUUCAAACAUGACAGUUACACAUGGCCACUGUUGGGUUAUAUGUUUGUCUGCAUCAUUUUUCCUUUGGCUAGUGCUGCAGCGCACACCUUUAAUACCAUGUCAACUUUAGCGAGACACAUAUGUUUUUUCAUGGAUUAUGGUGCUUUGAGUAUUUUCAGUCUUGGGGUGGCCAUUGCCUACAGAGCAUACUGUUUUCCCUCUGAUUUGAUAGACACCUGGUUUGGACAACAUUAUACUGAUAUUGCUGUCAUUAAUAGCCUUAUAUGUACUGUGGUGUCUUGCCAGACUCGCUUUAUGCCACCAACCACCCUAAGAAAAGUGCUGCGCCUCGGUGCCUUUGCCUGGCUGUACUGCUAUGACUGUAUUCCAAUCGUCUACCGCCUCCUGUUCUGCAGUCCUGAAGAUUGCGCGCUUCAGUCCCAGUUCAUACAUGGACGUCAGUUCUUCUUUGCUGUCCUUGCUGCGUUUUUGUAUGCGACCCACCUCCCCGAGCGGUUGAUCCCGGGCCGCUUUGACAUCAUUGGCCACAGUCAUCAGCUGUUUCAUGUGUCCUCCAUCCUAGGAGCCAUGGACCAGAUGCAGGCCAUUCUGUACGACAUGAAGGACCGCGGCCCUCCCAGCGACGGAAGGCAGUGGGAAUUCAGCUCAGCUUGGAGCACGAUUGGUGUGAUAUUGUCUGUCAUGACUGUUAAUACACUUGUAAUUAUUUUCUUCUCUAUUAAGUUAAAGUUUAAUCACCCUAAGGUGAAAUGAUCAUAUUAAGGAUGUGUAUGUUCUCAUACUAAGUAUGUGUAUGUUCCUGUUAUGUUAUAAGUAUGUUCACAGCUUAUUAUAUAUACCGGUAAGUUUUCUGUGUAAUUGUAUCAAUUCUUCAGUACUGCAACUAUUAAAACAAGAUUAUUAUGGAUAAUUUUUCUAUUCAUGAUAAGCAAUCAAGGACCAAUGAAUACAUGUAUAUUCAGCGAUUUAAUUUGUAAUUCUGUGCGUGAGCCAAAAUUAAAUCUGAAAAACAAUGCAUGUGUCCCAUUAUGUAAUAUCAGUUUCUUAUUUGUAAGCUGUUAUCAUAUCUAAGUGUAGGCUAGCAAAGAUAUUGCACAACUUUACAUAAUGAUUACAUUCCUGUAAAUGGCCCAUACCGGUUCUAUAUAUUUUAUAAUUAUUUUCUACCGUGCACACAUUUUGGUCAGCUGAAAUUGAUUUUAUUCAUGAGAAGAAAAUAUAUUAAUUUAUGUCAUCUGGAAAAUUUAGAAUCCUUGAGGAACCAAUUAAGUACACAAGUACAUUCUGUUUUAUACACAUAUUUCAAUUAUAGACCUUUAUCUGUAUCAUACAAAAUAUUGUGGGAGAACUUUUUUUUUGCAUCUGAUCAUAAAAGACCAACACUACUUUAGUGCUAUAUUACUGUGAUAUAUAUAAUAUUUUUGUAUUUAUUAUAAUCAGUGAUUCAGAAAGGAUCGGUCUGUUAUGGAUGAUUUUAAGAAGAAGCACAUAUUGUCCUUGUGUUGUUAAAUACUUCCUGUCAGCAAAGUGAAAUCCUGAUUCAUUAUUACAGUUUAGAAAUGCUAGUAUAGAGUUUGUAACCUGUACAUGUAGACAACAGAGGUAUAUUUCUACCUGAGAAUUAUUUUUUAACAUUGUAAAGAUUUCUUAUAGCAUACUUUUUACAGAUUUGAAGUAUGUACAUGUACUAAAGUAUUAAUAAAGCCUUGUAUUUAGUGAUUUAUCACACAGUCAAAACAGCUGACAGACCUAGAUCUUAUAGAUAUACUGCCUUUGUCUUUACGUGUUUGUGUAUUGUUUACAUGUCUUUGUGUUUUUAAAGCUUUCUUCUUUACGUGAUUGUACAUUGUACAUGAUUUUUAGUUUCACUAUGGUGUACUUAGAUAUGACCAUUACUGUAUGGCCACUCGACAUCAGCUGAUUGGUGUAUUUUUCUGUAUUUACAUUUACGUUAUUUGAAAGUUCAUACAUUUUAUUUUACUUUAUUGUUCACCUUUCAGGUCUUUCACAAAUUGUUUUCAUAAGUUCAUAGCCGUGUUCAAGAAUUUCUUUUUUUUUUGAGAUCAGAUAUUACUUAAUUAUUUGUUGAAAAAAAAUGUUAUGUAUAAAUUUUUUGCCUGUUGUCAAAAUGUCUACAUAUUCGAAACAUUUUUCAAAGCGUUCAAGUGUAUGUUUGUCAUGUUCAAGUGUAUGUUUGUCAUACAGCUGUACCUGUAAUCUAAAGAAGGGGCUAAAUUAAGACAGAUUUUGGUAUGAAUGUCCUCAGGAGGUAAAAUACCUACCUAACCCUUUUUGUCAGGUUUCAUCAAGCUGAAUAUUAUGUUGAAACUGUGGUGCUUUAAUUAUUAUACCAGAAGAAAUCAACAUGUUUUUGUGGACACAUCAGAAAAUAUAUAUUCUUUAUACAGGUUUUAUAUGAAUACUUAUUUUUGCAUAAUUUAUUUUGAAAAAAUUUCAGCAUUUUAAGGAUGUGGCUUAAUAUAAUUAAUGUACAUUUAAUAUUGUAUAAAUGACAGUGCACAUGUAUUCUUAGAUAUUUUUGGACACAAUGGGUAAGAGAUUCAGAAAAUUGUGUUUUCCCCUUUCCUUGUAAAUUUGACCAAGUGUCUUGCUCUUAUCAUGACCAUUUUUUUUCUUCAUGAACAAGUACCGGUAGUUAAGAUGUAAACACUGUUUACAUUCAAAUUGAAUCAGUUUUCAUACUUGCAUUCUAUUGAAGUUUUUAUAUCUGUCUUUCUUCAAACAACAUAGUAACAACCUCAUACAAAUAGAUAAACCAAUAUUAAUGUAUUAAAUUAAUAAUUGUUAAAAUUAAUGCAAAAUAUUGGAAUUCAAUCUUAAAAAUUAACCAAAUAGUUUCAAGUAGUUUUCACACCAAAUAGAAAAUACCUCACUAUCAUACUGUACAGGAAUAUUUGAAAACUUUCAUACAAUUCUAUGUACAAUGUACUUAGAAACUUUCAAUAUUUGAAAAGAGUAAUAAUUAUUGAUAAAGCAAAACUGGGUGUUUAUUGACCAAAAAAGUCAUAUAUUGUAAGAACUGUUUUGGAUAUUAUUAUUUUUUUUUUUAAACAAAUUAUUACAGUCAUUUUAUUUUAUAUUAUUUCAAUAAAGACCAAUAGUUAGCUUAUACAAAAUCUAAAAAUACUCUGUGCAGUAAAAUUAAAUUGCAUGCAAUUUUAUAGAUAUUCGAUGGAACAUGUACAGGUACAUUUAGCAAUGUACAAUUUUUGGUCGAUAUUUCCUAAUUUAUGAUAUAUUAUUAUGAAGAAUGUUUUCAAUUUAUCAUCAAAACAGAUAUACUAAAACAUAAAGAAUGUUAAUGUCAAAGACAAUUUAUAAUGAUGUAAUAUAAUUAUGGAAUACAGAAGCGUAGGUUUCACACACUGUAGCGUGCAAUGACAUUCUCUAGUUGUGGCUUUAAGAGCACUCAUAUUUUCUCUGCAAUGUUUCUUGUUGAUUUUUUGUUUUAGUUUUAUGUUAUGCUUUGCAAAUAUUGUAAUAAAUUUUGUAAAAGUA